AUGCCAACAAAUUCUCAAUAUAAAAUAGGGGUAAGAUUCGAGUCGAGACUCAGGCCUAAGUAUGACUUCCGUGUCAGCACGUUGUAUUUGCAAGUGGGUUGCAAGAAAGACAAUGCAUAUGACGACCACACGUUAGUAAAACUGUACCCCAAUACACAAUCACAAAUCGAAGCAUUACGUGAUAUCGAGAAUGGCGUACCAAAAAUAGAGAUUCUCAAAAGAAGUAGAAAUUUAAAUGACACCACAGACAUUUUGUUGACUCCAGAACAGCUGAAAGAGCUAAAACACUUCGUUAAGAAAGAGGGGAUUGCAUAUGAUAUUAAGGAUAAUUAUGGCAGAUCAUUUGAGGCCGUCGAAAGAAGCCCGAGACGAAGAGUAUUCCGAAGUUUUAAUGUAUUUGAAUAUCACUCUUAUGGAGCAAUGCAAGAGCAUUUGGAGAUGUUGGCGAAGAUGCAUCCGGAUCUGCUGAAACUCGCAGCUUUGGGAUCAAGUUAUCAAGGCAGACGAAUGAAAUUGGCGAAAAUAUCAUUAAAUCCAAAUGCAAACAAUCCGAUCAUAUUUAUCGAUGCAGGUAUUCACGCUCGUGAAUGGGUUGCACCGGCCAUGGCCAUGUACCUGAUCCAUCGACUGGUCAGUGACCCGGAGGCAAGGCACGAACUCAAUGGAGUAGAUUGGUACAUACUGCCUGUCGUUAAUCCAGAUGGUUAUGAAUUCACUCGCACCAGCAGAACGAAUCGUCUCUGGAGGAAGACGAGGUCCAAGAACGCAUUGCUGGACUGCUUUGGGGUUGAUGGCAACAGGAACUACGGCUUCAAAUGGGCAGUUAGUGGGGUGUCUAAAAACCCUUGCGACAAAGAGACCUACGCCGGGCCUAAACCCUUCUCCGAGCCAGAGACACAAAUGGUCCGUAACGUUAUGAUAACGUAUGGGAAAAGGAUGAAAUUAUACGUCUCUUUGCACUCUUACGGACAGUACUUGGUGUAUCCCUGGGGUUACACCGGCGAUUUUCUGCCAAAGGAAUGGCAGAAGCUUGACUCCCUAGCGAAGAUGGUUUCUGACGCAGUGGAAAGAGCUGGAGGAAAGCCCUUCAGGGUGAUGAGCGCUGGUAAAUGGUACCCAGCAGCGGGUGGUAGCGAUGACUUUGCGUUUGGAGCGAUAGGAGUACCAUAUUCCUACACCAUGGAACUAACUGAUGGCUAUGAAUUUCUUUUCCCAGAACGACUGUUACAUACAGUUCUUCCACAAUUCUACGAAGGUUUUAAGGUGUUUGCAGCCCAAAUAGGAAACGAAUUCUCCCCAACUCGACACAAAAAAGCAUUUAAGACUGUUGACUCCAAUGUGUAA